GGGAGAGCUCGGAGCUGCCGCUGCCCGCCGGCUGGGAGGAGGCGCGCGACUACGACGGCCGCGUCUUUUACAUCGACCACAACACGCGCCAGACGUCGUGGAUCGACCCCCGAGACCGGAUAACAAAGCCAUUGACCUUUGCCGAUUGUGUUGGGGAUGAACUUCCUUUAGGAUGGGAAACUGUAUAUGAUAAACAAAUUGGAAUUUAUUACAUGGACCACAUCAAUAAGCUCACCCAGAUUGAGGACCCCAGAGAACAGUGGAGGCGAGAGCAAGAACGGAUGUUGAAGGAAUAUUUAAUUGUAGCCCAGGAGGCUCUCAAUGCCAAGAAAGAAAUCUACCAGAUUAAGCAGCAGCGGUUCGAGCUGGCUCAGGAGGAGUUCCAACAGCUGCACAAAAUGUGUGAGGACGACAGCCGCUCGUAUGCCAGCUCCUUCUCGGGAUAUUCAACAAAUACAAAGUACGACCCACACCAAAUCAAAGCAGAAAUAGCAAGUCGUCGGGAUAGGCUUUCCAGAUUGAAACGAGAGCUGGCCCAAAUGAAACAAGAACUGCAGUACAAAGAGAAGGGGGUGGAGACCCUGCAAGAAAUUGAUCGUAAGAUGUCCAAUGCACACACCAACUACAAACUGGACGAGGCACAGGCUAUAAUGAGUGAGCUCCGGACCAUCAAGAAAGCCAUCUAUACAGGCGAGAAGGAGAGACGGGAACUGAUGCAGAGCCUGGCCAAGCUCACUGACGGCUUCAGGAAUAACUUUUCUCUGACUGAACCGCAGCAAGAGUUCCUUCACCAUCCAGGUGCACUGGGCGAUCCUCAGCAGUUCUGCGAUGCUGGGUCUCAGACCGACAUCAUUGGCGAGUUUGUCUUCGACGAUAAAACAAGACUUGUGGACCGAGUCAGGCUUAAUUGGCAGUAUGAGGAAGCCAGAAAGAGAGUCUCAAAUAUCCAGCAGCAGCUGGCCCAGCUUGAUAGUGAAUCCUGGCCGGGCAUGGCCGAGGCUGACAGGGACCGGCUGCAGCUCAUCAAGGAGAAGGAAGCCCUGCUGCAGGAGCUGCAGCUCAUCAUCCAGCAGAGAAGGCCGGUGGAAGACGUGGCCCGGCUAGAGGAGGAGAAGAGGCGCUUGGAGGAGGAGAUCCAGCGCGCACGGGCCACCUCUGUGCAGGGCGCUACGGAAAGGAUUCUGCUUCAGGAAAAAAGAAAUUGUCUACUUAUGCAGUUGGAAGAAGCUACCCGCUUAACAUCCUAUCUCCAGUCCCAGUUGAAAAGCCUGUCUGCCAGCACCCUGACAGUGUCUUCGGGGAGCAGCCGUGGGUCUCUGGCCUCCAGCCGGGGCUCACUGGCCUCCAGCCGUGGUUCCUUGAGCUCCGUCAGCUUCACCGACAUCUACGGCCUUCCACAGUACGACAAACCCGACGCUGAGUGCAGCCAGCUUUUGCGCUUUGAUCUGAUUCCCUUCGACUCCCUGGCUCGAGAUGCCCCUUUCUCAGACCCCCCGGGCCCCUUGGGCUUCCACAAGCAGAGGCGCUCCCUGGAUACGCCCCAGUCCCUGGCUUCCCUGUCCUCGCGAUCCUCCCUGUCCUCCCUGUCUCCACCCAGCUCGCCAUUGGACACGCCAUUCCUCCCAGCUUCUCGGGACUCGCCCUUGGCCCCACUGGGGGACAAUUUGGAGGUGCCAGGCCUAGGCACACUAGACAGACUUCGGGCUCAGGCCUCUGCUCUGGGAGAGGAAGACUUGCAGGGUGCAGCGUCCCUUCCGCCACAUGCAUUGCCAGGAGAUGGCGAAGGACCUCGAGAGCGAGGACCCCAAGUGGCUCCCAUUGCUACCGGUACAACAGUGACUCUUCGAGAAGACGGCGCCAAGAGGUCGGAGAGAAGAGCACGCCGUGUUUCGGUGUGCCUGUCAGAUUACUCGCUGGCUACUGAUAGCGGGGUAUUUGAACCUCCAACCAAAAGGACUGAAGAUGCCGACGAGUCUGCACAUGGAGACACUUGCGUUAUCGAAGGGCCCCAGAUCCAUGUUGGGUAUUGGCAUGACAUUGGCAAUGAAUGUCUCCUCGUGAAUGUGCUCCAACUGAAGAACUUCGCCGGGCUGGUUGUGAAGGAAGACUGCAAAAUACACGUUCGUGUCUACUUGCCAUCACUGGACUCUGGCGCACCAGACACGUACUGCUCCAAGGCUGUGGAAUUCCAGGCCCCCCUGGUAUUUAAUGACGUUUUCAGAAUCCCUGUGCACUCAAGCAUGUUGACGUUGAAGUCCCUUCAAUUAUAUGUGUGUUCAGUGAAUCCGCAGCUGCAGGAAGAACUGCUGGGCAUUGCUCAAAUUAACUUGGCCAACUGUACCAGUCCGAGCGAAAUGCAGCUGCGCUGGUACUCAGUCCAGGUGUUCACCAGCCCCGAGCUGCCCAGGGCGAGGGAGAGCCAGCGGGUUGAGAAGAGCAGCACCCGGGAACCCGUGCUCGGUCCUGCUGCCACCGUGGCUGCUGCAGCUGCGGCCGCGGCUGCUGCCUCUGGGAAGACGGACGCUGUGACGGUGUUGCUGGCGAGAACCACAGCCCAGCUGCAGGCAGUGGAGAGAGAGCUGGCCGAGGAGCGGGUAAAGCUGGAAUACACAGAGGAGGAGAUUCUGGAGAUGGAGCGGAAGGAGGAGCAGGCCGAGGCCGUGUCCGAACGGAGCUGGCAGGCCGACUCGGUGGAUAGUGGUUGUAGCAGCUGUGCCCAGACCAGCCCCCCGCACCCAGAGCCCUGCUGCACUGGUGUGGACUCCAUCCACGGACACCCAUUUGCAGGCCAGGCAGAUCCUUACAACUCUGAGAAAGUUCAGCCCGUUCCUCUAAAGGUUGAUAAGGAAACCAACACAGAAGACCUCUUCCCGGAAGAAGUAGCGAUUCUGCCGAAGGAGCGGCCAAUCCACAGGGCCCGAGGGUCACCUUUCGUCCGCAGCAGCACAAUUGUCCGUUCCCAGACUUUCUCGCCUGGGGCACGGAACCAGUAUGUUUGUAGACUUUAUCGUAGUGACAGCGACAGUUCAACACUGCCCCGGAAGUCCCCCUUUGUCCGAAACACUUUGGAAAGACGAACCCUUCGCUAUAAGCAGUCCUGUAGGUCAUCCCUGGCCGAGCUCAUGGCCCGCACCUCCCUGGACCUGGAGCUGGACCUCCAGGCUUCUAGAACUCGGCAAAGGCAGCUGAACGAGGAGAUCUGCACCCUUCGUGAGCUGAGGCAGCGCUUGGAGGACGCCCAGCUCCGAGGCCAGACCGACCUCCCUCACUGGGUGCUGCGAGACGAGCGAUUCCGGAGUCUGCUGAAGGAAGCAGAGAGGCAGACAAGACAGACCAAACUUGACUUCCACCAAGAACAGGCAGCUGAGAAGAUGCUGAAGAAGGCCUCCAAAGGGGUCUGCCAGCUGCGUGGGCAGAACCACAAAGAGCCCAUCCAAGUGCAGACCUUCAGGGAGAAGAUAGCAUUUUUCACAAGACCAAGGAUUAACAUACCUCCUCUGCCCGCCGAUGAUGUUUGAUGUAGUGCUUUGUACACAUGAAGUAUUUAUCUUCCUGUUUUAUUUUCAUGAAGUUCUUAGACUAGCUAAAUUCGUCUUUAAAAUAUUUGUGCAAAGCUAUUAAUAUACACAUUUUGUAAAA